AAUGCAGCACAUGUCACUGGAUGCUAUGAGCAUUUUUCCAAAGAGUUGGCAUCGAUGCCCUUUGAAAUCUUUACCGCGAGAUUUCCAGCUAGACAAUCUAGUAGUUCUUGAUAUGCAGCACAGCAACAUCAGAGCAGUCUGGAAGGGGAUCAAAUUUCUCAACAGGCUGAAAAUCCUCAACCUCAGCUAUUCUGUGCACCUUUCUACAACACCGCACUUCAUGGGACUCCCUUGUCUGGAGAGAAUUAUACUUGAAGGUUGCACAAGUUUAGUUGAGGUUCAUCAAUCUAUUGGACAUUUGGAUAACCUGGCUUUGUUGAAUUUGGAGGGAUGCAAGAGUCUGAAGAAUCUUCCAGAAAGCAUUUGCUACUUGAAAUGCCUUGAAACUCUAAACAUUUCCAGGUGCAUAAACCUUGAGAAAUUGCCCGAGCAGUUGGGUGAUAUGGAGGCCUUAACCAUACUUCUAGCAGAUGGAACUGCAAUUGAGCGACUACCAUCUUCCAUUGGACAUUUGGAGAACCUCAGUAAUUUAUCGUUGGGUGGAUUCAAAUAUGACUUAUCAUCGGUAUCUUGGUUUUCACAUAUUUUACCUUGGCUUUCACCAAGAAUUUCAAACCCCAGAGCUUUGCUUCCAACUUUUACUGGCUUAAACUCGUUGAGAAGACUAGAUCCGAGUUACUGUGGUCUAUCUGAUGGUACAGAUCUUGGGGGGUUAUCCUCACUUCAAGAAUUGAAUUUCAUAAGAAACAAGUUCAAUAAUCUGCCUAAUGGCAUAGAUAGACUUCCCAAUCUACAAGUAUUGUGCCUGUACCAUUGUGCAGAUCUUCUAUCAAUCUCAGAUCUUCCCUCAAGUUUGCACUCUUUGAUGGUGUAUCAUUGCACAUCCAUGGAAAGAUUAUCUAUUAAGUCGAAAAAUGUCCCAGAUAUGUAUCUAGUUAAUUGCCAACAACUAGCUGAUAUUCAGGGUUUAGGAAGCGUGGGAAAUAAACCCCUCAUUUAUGUUGACAACUGCAGAAAACUGGCAAAUAAUUUCAAGAAGAGUCUUCUUCAGGUACUAUCCCCUAUCUUUUGCUUUCAAUCUUGCUCUUGCACUUGGAUUUCUAAGCUUUAGAAUCCGACAAUCAAAUAAACAAAUAGUUCUCUCUCUAAAAUCACACCGUUUAGAAUCCGACAAUCACGAUCCAUGUCGAUCAUCACUCGAAGCCAACAAUUAACUCUCAUCGCCGAUCAAGUCACCUCCCAUGGCAGCUCCUCCAUCACUAGUUAUCUUCCUCAUCCAAACCCCAAGU